AUGAACUCGAACCUCCGAAUUCGACAAACCCAAUCAAACGAUCUACCUCUGAUUGGCUGUCUGCCGCUCGAUCUGCUACUCUAUAUCGCGAGCUUUGUCGGUGAAAGUGAACUGAUCAGACUCAGCUGUUGCAACAAGAGCUUGCGACGUGCCUUGAUUCGCACCCGAUUCCUAUGGACCAGACAGCUCACCUUGAACGUAGCCCGAACCGAUCUGGCCGAUCAGAUCAGAACCCUAUACCUCGAUCGCAUCCAAUCCACCCAACCCACCCACCUCACCACCUCACCACCACCACCACCUACAUCAACUACCGCCAAAUGGCUCAGUCGGAUCAACAAGAACAAAGAUCUGAUCCUCAACACCCUGAGGAUCAGGCUCCAUGGCCCGCAAGUCACCAUCGAUACCAUCCACAACAAGCUGGUCAUCAUACCCGACGAACCAUACUGGAACACUCAAGCACUCAUCUUCAACUUCAAGCUCAUCAAGGAACUCAUGCACAAACCACUCUCCCCAUCCUCCUCUGAACUCGAGCCCGGUACCCCUCAGCCCGAACGCUUACAGGUUCUCGAUAUCAGACUCGACGACCCCAUGGGCAAAAACUAUCAAGGAGUAUCGAGUUGAGUGUUUUCUCAGCCAACGCAUUCAAAUCUAUCCAUCCAUCGAUUCAGGAUCGUUCAGUCCUACCGCAUUUCGAAUAACUGAUCGAGUGAUGGAAUUCAGAGAGAUUCCAUCCUUCACUCUGUUCUUGAGAGCCCCGUCUCGAUGACUAAGUUUACAAAAGGACACUGACUGUUGGUUAAACCUUUACCUUCCCCCCCCCCGAACCACCUCUCGAAGC